CCACCUCCAUGUGAAUGCGUGCGUGCUCGCCACCCUUCUGUUAUUCUCUCUCCGGAGCGUGCACGCACGCGUUUAUCCCCACCUCUCAAUGUAUUUCCACCGUUUGCUGGACUUGUACAGACACCGCGUCGGAUUGCGAAUACAGAUGGAGAUCUUACUGGUGUCUGAUGGCCACCGGCGCACCCGAGCCGCGCGAAAGCACACAAGUCAACUAUGAUACGCGCGAGACACUGGCAUGUGUCAAGAGUGCCAAGCUGUGCGCUGAUGGGGAACAUAGAGGAACCGGCUGAGAAAGAGAUUUGUUUGGAUAUCACAGUAAAAGCUGCCCGUGGAAAUGAGUCCUGAAGAGAAACCAAAGAGGCACUUUACCACUGUGUGUCUAUGGAGAGAGAAGUGCAGACUUUCUGCUUUCUCUACGAGAAAAGGAAACUUAAAUGACUUCUGAGCAUCAAGGUGAAUUCAUUCUUCAUUUGAAGCACUUUUACAACAUGCAUUGAUAUAAAUGGUUCAAACUGGUUUCCAACAGCCGAACUUGAAUUAAGAUCACAGUGUUUUAAGUCUAAGGAAGUAUACUGGACAUUUAGUCAUUUAUGCAUCUUGAAUGAUAAAUUAAUCCAUAUGCGCUAUCUUCAUGAUUUUUUAUCCCGUUACGAACGUUUAAUUCAGAAUAGAAGCGCCUGCAAGAUCCGGAGUGGGAACUCAGGAAAGGUCGGUGCUCCAGUCAAGAUAAUAUUAACGCCACAGGCCGUUUUAGAGAGAAGACUGGUUGAAUUCUUAUGUGUUUUUAACAACAGUAACGCUGUUGUGCCCUUUAUGUCCGUCUGACAGGACGCGGAGUCUCCAAUGAACGCUUAUUCUGAAUCUGAAGAACAAAAGAGGGCGGAAGGUUUAUUUUUAGGAAACCGUGUUGAGUUAUUUUUCUUAAAUAUUAAGUAAAUAAUGUUAAAACACAUCAUGUUUUUCAGUUUGGUCACUCUUGGACUUUUCUGAAAUACUCAUCCCCUCUUGGACUUUUUUUUUAAUGUUUAUUUGAUCAAGAGUUUUUGGACUUAUGCAUAACUGUGUUGGAUAUUAGAAAUGCCAUAACUUACGUCAAGCAUAAAUGCUGCCAGUUCUCUAAGUGGUCUCAUAAAUACAAUUUGCUUCUUGAAAACCAAUAUAAUGACUCGUUUAUGGAGAAAAUGGUGCACUUGGCGUCAGAAUGGAGUUAAGAAGUUCCCUAAGGAGUCAAAGCAAACAGUCCUUGACUUGAGUCUUCGUUUUUGUGGUAUUCUUAUGUAACUUUGAUUCAUCAUCAGUGAGAGAACAUUUUUGAUUCACUUGUAGUAAGUCAAAAGAUUCUGUGCAUUUUGGAUAAACCUCUCUGACCCAUGUACGUCAAGAAGGACAGAAGGACAGAAUGCGCUAUUGAUGUCAUGAGGUGAAAUAACCAAAACUUAAAAUCCUGUUCAAGUUAAUUUUUUGUCAUCAGAGCUGUUUGGUGCAACCUCAAUUUGUUUUCCCCCUCUUGAUUCUUUUUCAAUCCAAGCACCUUAUUUUCAUAUAUAUAUUUUUUUUUUGCAUUUCUCCCAGCUCGCCUCUGAUCUGAACGGUAUCAUGGCUUCUCCUCAACAUCAACAUCUGCUGUUUCACAGCGAAGUAAGCUGCGACUCCAGCGGCGAUGGUGCUCCGUCUGUGCGGAUCAGCGGCACCAAGCAGCACAAACAGCAGCGUGGGAGUCUGGGCGCCAGCGCCAUGUGCAGCAUCAUUGGGGGCUCCAAACACUGCAAGUACAGCAUCUCCUCCAGCUGUAGCUCAGGCGAAUCUGCCAUCCGCAAGCCAGUGGUCAAAGGCCUCCGGACUCAAAGGAAGAUGCCGCAGCUGUUUGAGAGGUCAGCUGGACACUUCUGGAACCCCAAGUUUGACUCCAACAUUCUGGAGGAAGCCUGCCGCGAGCGUUGCUUCCCUCAGACGCAAAGACGUUUCCGCUGUGUGUUGUUGUACUUGGCAGCAGCCAGCCUCCUCUGGGGGCUGUUCUUCAUCGCUAAUGCUAAUCGAUGUGAACGGACUGCCUUCUUAUUGCCCACGGCCUCCUUCCUACUCCUUUGUUCUGUCCUGUUUGUCUUCACGUUCACCCGGUUCUACGUCCACUGCUACAAUCAAGCCUCGCUGUUGCUCAUCGUGGUAACAUUUGCCCUCACUCUUGCACCUCAGAUCCAGACUCCAGGAUUUAGUGACUUUAAUGUUCCUCCUUUGAAGGAUGAAGAGGACACAGGCAACUUCAGUGGCCCUGAAGAUAAAAACCUGACGUUUGAAGUCACCCGCAGUGGAGGUCCAGUAGCCCCUUGUUUGUCUCCAGUGGGCACCUUCUCUCUAGGCAUGGAGGUGCUUUCGUUGCUCUACAGUUUCCUCCACGUCCGUUUUUAUGCUUCGCUCCUGCUCGGCCUGCUCUACUCAGUGCUUUUUGAGACCCUUGGCUGGAUGCACUUGAUUCAAGGCAAUGGUUGGAGUAACUCCACCGAGGAACAUUUGGAAACGCUUUACUGGCUGAUCCCUGGAAGAGCCAUUUUGCAUCUCUGCGCCCACGUCAUUGGUAUCCACCUUUUUAUUAUGUCUGAAGUGCGUUCACGCAGCACGUUCCUCAAGGUCGGCCAAGCCAUCAUGCAUGGGAAAGACUUGGAGGUGGAAAAGGCCCUGAAGGAGCGGAUGAUCCACUCAGUGAUGCCUCGUAGGGUGGCUGAUGAGCUCAUGAAGCAGAGCGAUGAUGACAGUGACUAUUCGGUUAAGCGCUACUCGACGGGAUCGGCCAUUGCAGGCGCCUCCAGUCCUAAGAGCACCAAGCGCAAGAAGACCUCAAUUCCUCGGGGUCAGAUCAUCUUUCGGCCGUUUAACAUGAAACGCAUGGAGCCGGUCAGCAUCCUGUUCGCGGACAUUGUGGGAUUCACCAAGAUGAGCGCCAACAAGUCAGCGCACGCCCUGGUGGGACUCCUCAAUGACUUAUUUGGACGUUUCGAUCGCCUGUGCGAGCUCACGUGUUGCGAGAAGAUCAGCACACUGGGAGACUGUUACUAUUGCGUGGCUGGCUGUCCCGAACCACGAGAGGACCACGCCUACUGUUGCAUAGAGAUGGGGCUUGGGAUGAUCCAGGCCAUUGAGCAGUUCUGUCAAGAAAAAAAGGAGAUGGUGAACAUGCGUGUUGGCGUCCACACGGGCACCGUGCUUUGCGGGAUACUUGGCAUGAAGCGAUUUAAAUUCGAUGUCUGGUCCAAUGAUGUCAACCUAGCCAAUCUCAUGGAGCAGUUGGGAGUCGCCGGGAAGGUUCACCUUUCGGAGGCCACAGACAAGUUCUUGGAUGACCGUUACUUGCGAGAAGAUGGCAGAGUCCCAGAAAGGAUUGGACCAAGUGUGGUUGCAGAUCAGCUUAAAGGUCUUAAGACAUAUCUGAUAUCCGGGAGGAAGGUGAAGCACGCCCAGUGGAGCUGCCCUCCAUCUGCUCUGGUGGCUCCUGAGCUCAGAAAGUCUGUGAGUGCCUCGUCCUUCAGCCACAGCCCUGACAUCACAUCCUCCGCCUGCGCUACGACCCCUGCCCCGGACAGAGCUAAGUCUGCCUGUCCCUCGUGUGGCGCGUUAGCUUCUGAGGACAGGGCGGUUCACAGCAACAGCUGCUCAGAUCCUGAUCACAAAACCAUCAGCAGCAAGGGGCCGCCUGGCAGGAGUCCCAAGACCCUUAAUGGCCUGUUAAGCCCUCAUCUGCAGCAGCCGCUGACCCACAGCCAGACCUCUCUGUGUGAGAUGCUGCAGGAGAAGGAGAAGAAGUGGCCUGGAGGAGGAGGAGGAGGAGGAGGCAUCAGCAGCAUGGGAACCAUGGACCACUCCGCCCUCAUCCCAUUGCGCUCCAAAAACUUCCGGGAGAGGAGCGACGCUCACUUCGUGGACGUGAUAAAGGAGGACAGUCUGAUGAAAGAUUACUUCUUCAAACCGCCCAUCAACAAGUUGAGCCACACUUUCAUAGACAAGUCCCUGGAGUCGGCUUACAGGACCAGCUACCAGGAUGAGGUUAAGACACAGACUCCCGUUCAGACAUUUGCCAGUCCAACGUUCAGCUCCUUCUUAGACAUGCUCCUGUGCUGUUGUGUUCUCCUGGCUCUCUCUGUGGCCUGCUUCCUGCGACCGCUGGUUACCCAGCAGCCCCUGCCCACACCUGCCCUUAUAGUGGCCGCAGUUGCAGCUGUGCUUGAAUGUUUGGCACUAGUGCUGGCAAUACGAAGAGCGUUUUACCUGGACAGCGUUCUGAACUGCACCAGGACCCUCCUCUGGGCCAUUUCCGGCUGGGUUCCCCGUCACAUGAUCGGAGCAGUGCUGGUGUCUUUACCUGCCGUGGCUGUGUUUUCUCACAUCACUUGCAAUAUGCAUGACUCCAUACAGUUCACCAUGUUCACCUGCUGUGCUGUCAUAAUUGCCAUCAUCCAGUACAGCAAUUUCUGCCAGCUCAGUUUCUGGAUGCGUUCAAGCCUGGCGACUCUAGCGGGACUCACCUUUCUCAGUGUGCUCUGGAGCCCCCCUUGCAGCACUUGGGAACGUUUAUUUUUGAGAUCCAGUGACUUCAACAGCAGCUUUAUUGACAUCCAGUCCCCUGCCGAAGAUUCAAUCCGACCGCAGGACCUGCUUGGCCCGGAAGCUUUGGUUGCCUUUUUCCUGUUGCUCCUCCUCGUUUGGUUCCUCAACCGUGAGUUCGAGGUGAGCUACCGUCUACAUUACCACGGCAACGUAGAAGCAGACCAGCACCGCAUCAAGAUCCAAAACAUGCGGGACCAGGCCGACUGGCUCCUGCGCAACAUCAUCCCCAUCCACGUGGCCGAGCAGCUGAAGGUGACCCAGAGCUACUCGAAGAACCACGACAACGUGGGCGUCAUCUUCGCCAGCAUCGUCAACUUCAGCGAGUUCUACGAAGAGAGCUACGAAGGCGGGAAGGAGUGCUACCGCGUCCUGAACGAACUCAUCGGGGACUUCGACGAACUCUUGCGCAAAUCCGACUUUUCCAAUAUCGAGAAGAUCAAGACGAUUGGCGCCACCUACAUGGCGGCGUCGGGGCUCAAUACGCAACAGUGUAGCGAUCAAGCCCAUCCGCACGCUCAUCUGCGAGCGCUUUUCGAAUUUUCCUUAGAAAUGAUGCGCGUGGUGGACGAUUUUAAUAAAAACAUGCUUGGCUUUAAGUUCAAGUUGCGAAUCGGGUUCAACAACGGACCUCUUACCGCCGGAGUCAUCGGCACCACCAAGCUACUCUACGACAUCUGGGGCGACACGGUGAACAUCGCCAGCCGGAUGGACACUACUGGCGUGGAGUGUCGCGUUCAGGUUAGCGAGGAGAGCUCCUGCGUGCUCAGUGGAAUGGACUACGAGUUCGACUACCGUGGUACCGUCAACGUGAAGGGCAAGGGUCAAAUGAAGACCUACCUUUACCCGAAGAGCUCAGACAGCGGACCUGUACCUCAAUACCAGCUCUCGGUCUCUCCGGAAAUCCGAGCGCAGGUGGACGGCAGCAUCGGACGCUCGCCCACCGAUGAGAUCGCCAAUAUGGUCCCAGCGGCCAAUGCUAGUAGAGUAGGUGCGUCAUUCUCUGUGAGCUCAGGGCUUACCGGACAGGGAUUCGCUGGUAAAGACUUACCCCAGAAGGCUGGAAGCAAUGGUACGUCCAAGACACAACGAUCUGCGUCUGCUGUUGGCCUGACUUGCAUACCAGAAACCGGCUUGAGAUCAAGUCCAGCGGUUUUCGGUAAACCACCGGACCCGACUUUGACCUCUCCUCCUAUCUGGGCAGAAAACACAGAAGCCGUUGCAAAAAUGGAGGGAGAAAUAGCGUAUAUGGGCGAAAUGACAAAACUUUGACUUGAAACAAGCCAACAUUGUUGUCACUGUUGAAUUUAACCCUUUAAACACAGGCUCUCCGUUGAGUUUGUAGGGAUUGGUGUGUUUAGGGAUGUAUGCUAGCGUAGAUUUGCAUCCGUGUAUGUGGAAAGUUUAAGCACACCACCUUAAAGCGUUUAUAGCGCUAGUUGAACCAGGAGAUACUUUCACAUCUGGAUGGCGGUGCUGGACUGUAAAAACUCAGAGGAGCCAUAGAAACCAUUUCAACAUGGGAUAAGAAAUGCUGAGGAGAUGCAUUAGGUCUGAAGUCACAUCCUUAAGUAGGCCGCAGUUAUUCCUGCUAAUUUAUUUUCAAAUAUUAUUUCCCUCUAGCUCUUACUACUGUCUGCUUUUCGUGAAUGGUUUUCUUUUAAUGAAGUGCCUUUAGGAUGAUGGCAUUUUUAAAAAAGGUUUCUCAAUCAAAUCUUUAGCUGAAGAUCUAAAGGAUUUAGCAUGUAAAUUUGACGUUAGAAACCGCUUUUAAUUUUUGUGAAAGUAUUUGAUUUAUUUUGGAAUAUUUGUAGAUAUUUGAGUUCUCUCUGUUGGAUGUUCAUCAAUCAGUAUUCAACACAAUUUUACAAAGCAAAACUCUAUAUUACGAUGAUCGCUGUUUUAAAAAGACCCAAGAUAAAACCAUCGCGUUGAAUGGUGCAUGGCAUAAAGUGUCUGUGAAGAAGUAUUAGCGAAAUGUAGAGCAAGCUAUGAGCUAAAAUCAUCUACAAUCAACAAUGUCAAACAUUUCUACGGUGUUUAAUAUUGAUGCAUGUAUUUCUAACUGUCUGAUUAUGGCCUUUCUGUCUCUUUUAUCCGUGAUUUUUCCUGUUGCUCUGCACUUUGCAGCUAAAUGCUUGAUUGGCUAACCAACACCUGAAUUUCGGAUGAGAUCUAACAGUGAGUUCUAAGACGACAUGGCAACUUUGCCUUAAUGCUAAUGAGAUUGUAGACUUAAAAGACAAAAAUGCAUUCAUGAAUUAGCUACUGUGACUGUCAGACUUUACAUAAAAUAUAAAAAGGCAGUUGGUUUUAAGAUAUAGGCAUAGUUUGUUUAAUAAAAUCAACAUUAGCUCUUCUAAAAAAACAUUCCUAGUCUUAUUCUGGGGCGUGUUUGCGUAAACUGCCUAGACUAGUCUUAAACUGUUAGUCAUCUAAUUACUUUUCUCAAAGACUCGUCAUAACUUUUGAAAGUCAGUUACGAAAAGGUAGACUGGUCUAAUGUAAAUCCAAAAAAUAAGACUGAUUACCCCUUGGCUAACUUCUAGUUGGUCAAACUAGCUUGUGAGACGCAGUCUUAAUGUCUGUGUUUAUGCAACUGGCUUCUGCUGGACGAUUCAUCAGUGCACAUUGUCGAAAAAAGCAAAAAUGUUUGUCUUUGUAAUCUUUCAUCAAAAUUUAAACUUGCGCCACCUCUGGAACGACGUUUCUUUUCAGCUGAUGUCACCUAGGCUGCGCAGGCAUGGAAAAUAAUGGUAAUAAUCAAUAGCUAAAUAAUAUUGUUUUAGGCUACUGUUGUAGGUAGUGCAGUAAUUUAAUAUUAAACUGAUUAUGGCAAUAAUAGCAAAUAAUGAUAGAUUUGAAAACAACGCUUUAAAAUUGAAAGUACUCUGGUCUAAAAUCUUCAAAUAUUGGGGGAAAAUGCUGUUAUCGUCUACGUCAGUUACUGAUGGAUCAAAUUAAAUCCUAUCCAACUUUUUAUUUUCUCAUGCAAUAUAAUGUUUCACUCAGAAUUACGUCAUAUGAGAGUUUGAGCGUGCCGUUUCAUGUGGGCUUUGAUUUUAAUUAUCGUGCUCUGACAUCUUGAGCGGUAAAAGUUAAUUCAAUUAGUUCAAAUGUGAAAAAAGAAACUUUGACUGUACUCAAAUCUAAAGAGACAAGAAAUUAUGUUGCCAAUUGAGUCACCAUAGUGGCAUAACAGUUGCAAGAACUGGCAAUAAUCUAGGUAACAUAUGUUUAGCCGGCCAGUCAAAUGUACAGACUCAUGUGAAUAUUAGAAUAGAUUAGACCAUAGCCUUGACUCUGCCUGCUUGUCUUUUGAUGUGCAAUAGUAAAGGGUAAAUUAUUGUAUGGGAUAUUAGCAAAAGGAAGUAGAUUUUAAUCUUUUUAACAUUGAGCUUUGUGAGUAACUUAAUCUGCACUGACACUGCAUACGUUUUGACAGUCUCAUGAUUUAAGAAUAGAUGUUUUUACCUUUUGAUAGCAGUUUGAUGUCUUUGCUUAUUCCCUUAUUUUGGCUCUAUAAUGGGCGACCUGUAUUAGUUUUAAAGGGUUGUGUGCUCAACAAUUCGCUGUUGAUUUGUCAUGCUUCCCAUUCAGUGGUGAUAUUUAUAGGAAGAUGAGAAAAUGUGAAAUGUAUAACUUUUCUUGACAUUGCUGUGGAUUUGCAGUCUGCCAAGAACCCAUACAUUUAAAAGGGAAUAGUUAUAAAAAGUGAUUGAUUUGUCAGUAUUUCGCUUUGUAUGUAUUAGUGCCUUUUACUCAUGCAUUGGCCAGUCAGAUGACAUCAUCCUGAUUAUCUGUUCAUUAUCAUACACUAAAUGCUUGUGUAUGAUAAAUGUCUUCAGAUUUAACGUGAUCUUUAGCGCUGUGCCUUUUCUUAACAAUUAGCUUGACGUGUCCAUUUUCACGGUGUAGUCCUUUUGAAUGUGAACUGCUCUUCAUUUGAAAAUGUACAGGAUGAAUAUUGUCAUUUUACUCCAAGGUGCCAUUUUUAUUCUGUGCUGAUUUUGAUACUGUUCAGUUGAUGUGUUUUUGGUGACACCAAGCAUAGCAAUCCAUGUACUUAUAAUAUAUUUUAUAGGGCACAACUUUUGGUAAAUAAUGAAAGUGCCCUUGCUGUCUAGAAGGGGAAUGAGCACACAACCCUUAUGGGCUCUGUUUCAGAGUAGUAGAGCAAUAUAAAACUUCAUCCGACUAAAUAAGCAUUACGCUUUAGCUUCAGAACUGCUGCUCGAACUUAGCUUGACGAAGCACAUUUGUGUUUUUUAUCACUUGCUUUUAUGGAAAUGUGCUCCUUAUGAACUUUCCAUUCCAUUACUUCUGUUUGAGACUUUAUUGUGAGGAAAUAAAACAACACAUUUAGGAUGAAUGAAAGGGCUGAAAUAAUGUAUGAUAACAGACACAUUUGAUUUGAUUUGAUUUACAAUCAUUUGAGUUGCCCCAAUUGAUGAUUCCAAGGAAUUUGAGGUAGGAAAUAUGUGCAUGUAAAAUUUGACACAAAAAUGUGCGUGUUAGCAUAAAUAUCACACACUGGGACUUCUUGCCAAAGAGUAUAUUUAUUCAAGAAUGUAAGGUUUUGAGUUUCUCUCAGUUUCUUUGGAGAUAACUUCAUUUAUACACUCAAUAUGUAUUCAUUUGUAUAAAGUUUUUUUUCUCCAAUGUUUGUACAUAUGUAUUGCUCUGUGUGUUGCCAUAUAUAUUUUUUUGUAUUAUUUAUAUCAGUGCAUGUGCCAUACUGUUACAUUAAAGCUAAUGGAUGAAAAGGGAAAGCCAAUAAUGCAGUGUUGAAGUCUG